AUGCUCUUGUUAGCGGAUUAUCCAAAGCUACCACUUCCCCAAGAGCGAGUCGACGAACUCGUUCUGUCGGCCCAUGGGCUGGUUAUGAGAACAAAGGAACACAAGGACCGCAGCGAUGUUUGCCAAAGUGCCCCUUUUGCUCUACUUCCAACACCGUUUCCUCGGAAACUCUUCGAGCAAGCCAUUAAUGUUCAAAAUUUGAUGGCCACACUGUAUCAUGAAAUCGCGUAUGACUUCGAGUUUUUGAUCGAAUGCCACGAAGAUGUCGUGAAAACUGAUGCUUUCACUCGAGGCCUGGUGGACAUUCUCAAGAAGGUUAGGGAUGAAGGUCUGUUCACCAAAGGAAACGUUCCAGUCACUCCAACCGCUCAGAUAUAUAUGUGCCAUAAAGAUCCCUUCUCAUGUGAAUACCUUCUGAGACAGAUCGAGGUAAACAACAUCGCAUCCAGUAUGGGAGCUCAUGCAGAGAGGGUAACGAAAAUGCAUCGGCGGACAAUGGCUGAACUC